GCGCGCUCGGCGGCUCAUUCCGCGGCCGCCGCCAGCCGAGGGGAGCGUCGCGAGCAGAUGCCGCGGGGGCCGCUCGCAGCCGCCGCCGACUUGUGAAUGGGACUCGGACUGGGGCCGGGGUUGACACCGCUGCGCUCGCCUUGCGCCAGGGACCGACGGCCCCGAGCUCGCGCCCACCCUCCAGGGCCCCAGUUUCCUCAUCUGUACUUUUGGCAUGACACGAACAUAUACAGAGCCAAGUGAACACUUCAUAAAUGUCAGCGACAACCCUGUGAAAUCACUGUAUUUUCGGCUCAGUGGACCCGUGACACUUAUUCCUGUUGUCAUUUGUUGAGUGACCAAUCAGAUGGGUGGAGUGUGUUAUAGAAAUUGGCAGCAAGUAUCCAAUGGGUGAAGAAGAAGCUGACUGGGGAAGUGGGCAGCCCUGACCGUGAUGUGCUCAGCCAGCAGAGACAUUCCAUUCCGAGAGAGGUCUGCCUGACACGUCUGGGAGGCCACCAUCCGCCAGGCCGCCACAGGGUUGGUGAAAGGGGUGACAGCCGCAUUCUCCUGUGCCUACCACAUAACCAAAAAUGAAGGAGCACUACUGUUUACAAGCCGCCCUGGUGUGCCUGGGCGUGCUGUGCCACAGCCAGGCCUUCACCACCGAGCGACGGAGCCACUUGCGACCCUCGUUCCACGGGCACCACGAGAAGGGCAAGGAGGGGCAGGUGCUGCAGCGCUCCAAGAGAGGCUGGGUCUGGAACCAGUUCUUCGUGAUCGAGGAGUACACCGGGCCUGACCCCGUGCUCGUGGGCAGGCUUCAUUCCGAUAUUGACUCUGGUGAUGGGAACAUUAAAUACAUUCUCUCAGGUGAAGGAGCCGGAACCAUUUUUGUGAUUGAUGACAAAUCAGGGAACAUUCAUGCCACCAAGACAUUGGACCGGGAAGAGAGAGCCCAGUACACGCUCAUGGCACAGGCGGUGGACAGGGACACCAACCGGCCGCUGGAGCCACCGUCGGAGUUCAUCGUCAAGGUCCAGGACAUUAAUGACAACCCGCCCGAGUUCCUGCAUGAGACCUAUCAUGCCAACGUGCCUGAGAGGUCCAACGUGGGGACAUCGGUAAUCCAGGUGACAGCUUCAGAUGCAGAUGAUCCCACCUAUGGAAACAGCGCGAAGUUAGUAUACAGCAUCCUAGAAGGACAACCCUACUUUUCAGUAGAAGCACAGACAGGUAUCAUCAGAACAGCCCUCCCCAACAUGGACAGGGAAGCGAAGGAGGAGUACCACGUGGUGAUCCAGGCCAAGGACAUGGGUGGACACAUGGGUGGACUCUCAGGGACAACCAAAGUGACGAUCACACUGACUGAUGUCAAUGACAACCCACCAAAGUUUCCACAGAGCGUAUACCAGAUGUCUGUGUCAGAAGCAGCUGUCCCCGGGGAGGAAGUAGGAAGAGUAAAGGCAAAAGACCCAGACAUUGGAGAAAAUGGUUUAGUCACCUACAAUAUUGUUGAUGGAGACGGUAUGGAAUUGUUUGAAAUCACCACGGACUAUGAGACACAGGAGGGUGUGGUCAAACUGAAAAAGCCUGUAGAUUUUGAAACCAAAAGAGCAUACAGCUUGAAGGUAGAGGCAGCCAAUGUGCACAUCGACCCAAAGUUCAUCAGCAACGGGCCUUUCAAGGACACUGUGACGGUCAAGAUUGCAGUGGAAGAUGCUGAUGAGCCCCCCAUGUUCUUGGCCCCAAGUUAUAUCCAUGAAGUCCAAGAAAAUGCAGCGGCUGGCACUGUGGUUGGGAGAGUGCACGCCAAAGACCCCGAUGCUGCCAACAGCCCGAUAAGGUAUUCCAUCGAUCGUCAUACUGACCUCGACAGGUUUUUCACUAUUAAUCCAGAGGAUGGUUUUAUUAAAACCACAAAACCUUUGGACAGAGAGGAAACUGCCUGGCUCAACAUAUCUGUUUUUGCAGCAGAAAUCCACAACCGGCAUCAGGAAGCCAAAGUGCCAGUGGCCAUUAGGGUCCUUGAUGUCAACGAUAAUGCCCCCAAGUUUGCCGCCCCUUAUGAAGGCUUCAUCUGUGAGAGUGAUCAGACCAAGCCACUUUCUAACCAGCCAAUUGUUACAAUUAGUGCAGAUGACAAGGAUGACACAGCCAAUGGACCAAGAUUUAUCUUCAGUCUACCCCCUGAAAUCAUUCACAAUCCAAAUUUCACAGUCAGAGACAACAGAGAUAACACUGCAGGGGUGUAUGCCCGGCGUGGAGGCUUCAGUCGGCAGAAGCAGGAUCUGUACCUCCUGCCCAUCGUGAUCAGCGAUGGCGGAGUCCCUCCCAUGAGUAGCACCAACACCCUCACCAUCAAGGUCUGUGGGUGUGAUGUGCACGGUGUACUGCUGUCCUGCAAUGCUGAGGCCUACAUCCUGAAUGCCGGCCUGAGCACGGGGGCGCUCAUCGCCAUCCUCGCCUGCAUCGUCAUUCUGCUGGUCAUUGUAGUGUUGUUUGUGACCCUGAGACGGCAAAAGAAAGAACCACUCAUAGUCUUUGAGGAAGAAGAUGUCCGUGAGAACAUCAUUACCUAUGACGAUGAAGGGGGCGGGGAAGAAGACACAGAAGCCUUUGAUAUUGCCACCCUCCAGAAUCCUGAUGGGAUCAAUGGAUUUAUCCCUCGCAAAGACAUAAAACCCGAGUAUCAGUACAUGCCUAGGCCUGGACUCCGGCCAGCACCCAACAGUGUGGACGUCGAUGACUUCAUCAACACGAGAAUACAGGAGGCAGAUAAUGACCCAACUGCCCCUCCUUAUGAUUCCAUCCAAAUCUAUGGUUACGAAGGCAGGGGCUCAGUGGCCGGGUCCCUGAGCUCCUUAGAGUCUGCCACCACAGAUUCAGACUUGGACUAUGACUACCUACAGAACUGGGGACCUCGUUUUAAGAAACUAGCAGACUUGUAUGGUUCCAAAGACACUUUUGACGACGACUCUUAACAAUAAUGGUACAAAUUUGGCCUUAAGAACUGUGUCUGGCAUUCUGAAGAAUCUAGAAGAUAUGUAAACAGGUAUUUUUUUAAAUCAAGGAAAGGCUCAUUUAAAACAAGCAAAGUUUUACAGAGAGGAUACAUUUAAUAAAACUGCAAGGACAUCAAAGUGGUAAAUACUGUGAAGUACCUUUUCUCGCAAAAAGGCAAAUAUUGAAGUUGUUUAUCAACUUCGCUGGAGAAAAAAACCACUUGGCGUACAAAAUAUUUAAGUGAAGGAGAAGUCUCAUGGUGAACUUACAAUGAAGGGAAAUCAUUUAUGUGUUAUGAACAUCUAAGUCUUUUCUUCUUCUUCUUCUUCUUCUUCUUCUUCUCCUUCUUCUUCUUCUUCUUCUUCCUUUUUUUUUUAUUUGUCAAAGAAGCUUCCAGAAAAUUAGAAAGGACAACAGUUCUGAGCUGUAAUUCCGCCUUAAACUAUGGACACUCUAUAUGUAGUGCAUUUUUAAACUUGAAAUAUAUAAUAUUCAGCCAGCUUAAACCCAUACAAUGUAUGUACAAUACAAUGUACAAUUAUGUCUCUUGAGCAUCAAUCUUGUUACUGCUGAUUCUUGUAAAUCUUUUUCCUUCUACUUUCAUCUUAAACUAAUACGUGCCAGAUAUAACUGUCUUGUUUCAGUGAGAGGCGCCCUAUUUCUAUGUCAUUUUUAAUGUAUCUAUUUGUACAAUUUUAAAGUUCUUAUUUUAGUAUACAUACAAAUAUCAGUAUUCUGACAUGUAAGAAAUGUUACGGCAUCACACUUAUAUUUUAUGAACAUUGUACUGUUGCUUUAAUAUGAGCUUCAAUAUAAGAAGCAACUUUGAAAUAAAAAACAGAUUCUUUUUUAA